AGGGUUUAAUUAGCCGGACUACAAAACCCUUUUUAAGUUUUUUUAACCCUCUCUAUCUGGUGGAAACCCUAGUUUCUCUCGACUUUUGCAGCAGCAGCCAUGGGUGCGUACAAGUACGUGUCUGAGCUAUGGAGGAAGAAGCAAUCCGAUGUGAUGAGGUUCGUUCUUAGGGUUAGGUGUUGGGAAUAUCGUCAGCUUCCUUCCAUUGUCAGAGUCACUCGUCCAACUCGUCCUGACAAGGCUCGCAGACUCGGAUACAAGGCCAAACAGGGAUUUGUGAUUUACCGUGUUCGUGUGAGAAGAGGUGGUCGUAAGAGGCCUGUGCCAAAGGGUAUUGUGUAUGGUAAGCCAACAAACCAGGGAGUUACCCAAUUGAAGUUUCAGAGAAGCAAGAGGUCAGUUGCAGAAGAGCGUGCUGGUCGCAAAUUGGGUGGCCUUAGGGUUGUCAAUUCUUACUGGCUCAAUGAGGACUCAACCUAUAAGUAUUUUGAAGUGAUCCUUGUUGACCCUGCCCACAAUGCCAUCAGAAACAACCCAAGAAUCAACUGGAUUUGUAACCCUGUUCACAAGCAUAGGGAACUUCGUGGUCUUACAUCUGCAGGGAAGAAAUUCAGAGGUCUUCGUGGUAAGGGUCACAAUAACCACAAGAACAGGCCUUCUCGCAGGGCAACAUGGAAGAGAAACCAAACCGUGUCUUUGCGCCGAUACCGUUGAUUUGGGCAUUGCCUUUCCAUGUGUUAUCUAUUGUGGGGUCUUUUUUGGUCUGCUACAUCACUUACUUUGUCUGUAUUUGAGGCUAUCAAGUUGGUUAAAGACUUAGUAGAACAGGAGCGUGAACUGUGCUGUGGUCUCUCCAUGUUUUUGGUUGCUUAUUGUUCCUUUUUUGUUUGUUAUCUGUGGGAUUUGAAUCUAUAGUUGAAAUCAAGGUUGGAGGCUUUCUUAUUAUCCUGUGUGAAAGUCUCGGCUUUUGUUUUUGAGAUUUUUUUGUAGUAUAUAGUCUUUUUGCAAUGUCUUUGGUUUAA